UGUCAAACACCUAUGUGCUUCUGCUUUGCCCUAGUUCUAUUAAAAUAGAAAUUUAUUAUAACAUCGAAAUAAAUAGAAUUUAAAAUGUCUUCCCCGCUGGAAAACUUGGAAACUCAAUUGGAAAUGUUCAUUGAGAACGUCCGUCAAAUACGUAUCAUCGUCAGCGACUUUCAACCGCAGGGCCAGAGCGUCUUAAACCAAAAGAUUCAAUCGCUCGUAACUGGCCUUCAGGAAGUCGACAAGCUGAAAUCUCAAGUUCAAGAUAUCCAUGUCCCUACCGAAGUAUUUGACUACAUAGACCAGGGCCGCAACCCACAGCUCUACACCAAAGACUGCAUUGACAAGGCCCUAGCCAAGAACGAGGAAGUGAAAGGCAAGAUCGACUCCUACAAGCGCUUCAAGAGCCAUCUCCUCAGUGAGCUCGGAAAGACCUUCCCUAAUGAAAUAGCUAAAUAUAAAGCUAUUAGGGGCGGUGAAUAAGUUUGAGAUCUUUUGGAAUUCAUUUACCUUUAUAUGUGUAGUUUACAGCCAAAAGGUAGUUGGUUGUCAAUAAGGCAAAUUAAAGAGAAAUUGUUCUUAUUGACAACUGAAUAAGUAUUGUUUUUAGAUGUAACUUGUAUUACCAGCACUGAUAGAAUGAUUAAGUUUAUGGCUAAAAUAAAUCUAGGUACUUAUUGUCUCUUUCUAGA